AUGUCUGCCCCGUCGGCCUUUGCGGCUGGCGCUCCUCCAUCCAUGCCUGCCGGCAGCCAUGAGAUACGAGACUAUUACUCUGACCAAGGCCCACCUAGGUCGCUACCACACAAUGCACCAUCCAUCACACCCUACCUUGGCCUCCGGGCUCGAUUAUCACAGAUAUGGCUCAAUCGAUGGACCAUUCUCCUCCUACUUGUCCUGGCUCGUACCCUUAUCGCAAUUUCUGGAAUCAACAACAAUUUAGGCUCCGCAAGACGUGAAGCACUGUCAGCCUGCUCGGACGUCGAAUCGAUGGGUUCCGCCAUGGCUUCUAUGCCUCACUACAUGUCUCAGGGCGUGAAUGAGGUGGCGGCUACCGGGAUCGAGAAGUCGGUCAACGGUCUGAUUCAGAUGACCAGCAUGAGUGUCACGGCAGUGGAAGAGAUUGUCGUCUUCGUGAUCGGCAUGAUGACCAAUACCUACCUCUGUCUGAUCACUUUUGCGGUCAGUGGCAGUUUGCAUUCCGUCAUCGGCGCCCUGGACUCAGCACAAAAUGGUCUCAACAACCUUACACAAAAUCUCGGAAACGACUUGUCUGGCGCUGUCAAAACAUUUGAGGAUGCCUACAACAGUUUCAUUGGCAAACUCGAGAGCUUUAUCGCCUUUGGCCAAACCGUUGACCAGCCGGCGCCUCUCAAUCUUACUUCCGAAAUGAAUUCGUUGAAGAACCUCAAAUUGCCAGCCAACCUUGAUGCCGACCUGCAAAAACUCAACAACUCUAUCCCAACUUUCGCUCAGGUCAAGAAUUUCACCGAAAGCGUCAUCCGACUUCCCUUCGAAGAAAUCAAACAGCUCAUGAACGAAUAUGUGGGCAACUAUACAUUCAACCGAUCCUUGUUUCCGGUCCCAGAGAAAGAGCAACUUACCUUCUGCAGUGAUAACGACGGGAUCAAUGAUUUCUUCAACGGGCUGGUCGCCAUCGCUGCUCUUGCGCGCAAAGUCUUCAUCGGCGUGCUGCUUACCCUGGCAAUCCUCGUCAUGAUCCCAAUGGCAUGGCGCGAAAUCAAACGAUGGCAGAAAAUGCAACAGCGUAGCCAACUGGUCAGUUCAGACGCCCGUGACCCACUGGACGUUGUCUACCUGGUCAGCCGCCCCUACACUUCGACCGCUGGAAUCAAGCUAUCCAACACAUUCCAGUCCCAGCGUAAGAAGGACCUCGUCCGUUGGGUCGUUGCGUACGCUACGUCUGACGCUGCAUUGUUUGUGCUCGCUCUCGCCGUUGCGGGGCUGUUCUCUUGUGCCUGUCAAGCUAUCCUGCUCCGUGCCUUGGAAAAGGAAGUCCCGGACCUCACCAACCAAGUCGGCGCUUUUUCCGACAAAGUGAUUGCGCAACUUAACAACGCAUCCGAACAAUGGGCCAUUGGAACUAACGCAGCCAUUGCCGCCACGAGCAAGGACAUCAACCAAAACAUGCUGGGUUGGGUGAAUACGUCCACAACCGCAAUCAACGACACACUCAAUGCAUUUGUGGACGAAACGACAAAUGUUCUCAACACCACAUUCGGCGGGACAAUAUUGUACGAUCCUAUUAUGGAAGUUCUCAAUUGCCUUGUGUUGCUCAAGAUCCAGGGCAUCGAGAAGGGUCUUACCUGGGUUCAUGAUAACGCGCACAUCGACUUUCCCCUACUGCCGAAUGAUACCUUCAGCCUAGGCGCCGUGGCUAGUCUGGCGGACUCGAGCAAUCCCUCAGACUCUUUUCUCGCGAGUCCUGGGGACGCCACAAGCGAUAAGAUUUCCGCGGCCGUCGCAAGAUUCGUUGAUGAAGUUGAGGACACUAUUCGGACGGAAGCGAUCAUUUCAACCGUCGUCCUGUUUGUCUGGGUUUCAGUCGUGCUCAUGGGCAUCGUUCGAGCAUUGAUUCUCUGGGCCAGGCGGAACAAGCUCCGCGGCGAAGGCGGUGCGCCAGCAUUCCCUGCGAGCCACGCCAUGAGCAGUGGCUUUCGCCCCGAAAUUCAAGGGCAGUAUGCUGGAUUUGUUGAUAUCCCAUUGGCCAACGUCAACAGUUCCCGGCCAAUGUCACCCGCACCGAAGUAUACGCCGCCCGAAAAUCCCGAGGCGCUUGAAAAAGACUAUCAAGAUUCAAAGCUAGGGUUUGCUGGACGUAGAGUAUACCAAGAGUCGGAGCAACAAGAGACUGACAGCAAACAUCGAAGUAUCUGGCAUAGGGAUUGA